CUUCACGUUUCUUGUCAUUGGUAGUACUAACAAUUUGUUGACAGGUAGUUAACGUUUCUCGUUGCGAAUGGUUUCAACAAAAUAAACCAGGAUGAGCGCCGUUAAUCUGCGCCAACAGAAAUUGGAGCAACAGCGUCAAUUGAUGGAACAGAAGAUGCGCCAGAAAAGGCAAACACUUGGUAUGGUUCAAGCCUCAGACGCCCGUGCUUCUUCAGCUAAAGGCCCAAAUGGGUUUCAGCCGAGGCUUUCGCUCCCAUCACGAGGAAGAGAACUGCAUGGAUAUGACGGGCCCCUGCAGUUCACAAUGGAGCCAGGGAAUCCAGAUCUGGUGAUAUCAUUACCGGCGAAUGGUUCAGAGGCUUCACACCGCGAGGAAAACGAUGUUUGUCAAGUAGAGACUUUGCAACUAGGGGAUCAAGACCAAGAUGUUGAAGAUGAAGAAUCUACACCAGUAUCUCCACCAACCCCAGUCAACACCUUGGCCCUUGCUGUGGCACCAUCGGCUGAUUCAAACUUCAUCACACUCAGCUCAAAUGAGCGGGAAAUAGAAGGUGAUGUUGAAGGAAGCCUGGAGACUUUUGUUUUGGAACCAGGAACUCAAGGUGUUCACUAUAAGUGUAGAAUAACAAGGGACAGAAAGGGAAUGGAUCGGGGCUUAUAUCCAACAUACUUUUUACAUCUUGAGCGUGAUUAUGGUAAAAAGGUGUUUUUGCUAGCUGGCAGAAAACGUAAGAAGAGCACAACAAGUAACUACCUCAUAUCUACAGAUCCAACUGAUUUAUCAAGAACUGGAGAGUCCUAUGUUGGGAAGUUAAGAUCCAACCUGCUAGGAACUCAUUUCACAGUUUACGACAAUGGCUAUUCUCCCAAAAAAGCUGAGUCAAAAGAAGAUUGGAAACGUUCACCUCGACAGGAAUUGGCUGCUGUAGUCUAUGAUACAAAUGUUCUUGGCUUCAAAGGUCCAAGGAAAAUGACAGUUAUUUUGCCAGGGAUGACUCAAGAGCACAAGAGGGUACAAAUCUGCCCUCAAGAUGAACAUGAAGGUUUGCUGGAGUGCUGGCGAAAUAAAAAUAUGGAUAAUCUCAUAGAGCUUCAUAAUAAAACACCAGUAUGGAAUGAUGACACACAGUCAUAUGUGCUGAACUUCCAUGGGAGAGUCACUCAGGCAUCAGUAAAAAAUUUCCAGAUUGUUCAUGACAGUGAUGUUGAUUACAUAGUAAUGCAGUUUGGUCGUAUUUCCGAAGAUGUCUUCACGAUGGAUUACCGAUAUCCUAUGUGUGCACUACAAGCGUUUGCUAUUGCUUUAAGCAGUUUUGAUAGCAAGUUAGCGUGUGAGUGACAAUUUAGAAGCAUGCAAAGUUUUAUGAUAAUCGUACAUUAUCAAACAAUGGAACCCGAAGAUAUGAAGAUGAAUAUGCUGUAGCAGUAUGCAGGAAAGAAUGUUACUUCUUAAACCCACGUGAUUGCAUUUUUACAAUUUGCAGUACCAGUCAUCACAAGAUAGACACUGUUGUAUGUGCCACGUGUGUGGCUGGAGCACGCACAAUCAUUGUACACUUUGAGUAGAACUGCUAGUUUGUCUUUUUUAAUGUAUGUGUGCUGUGUGGAGAUAACAGUAUUUAUAUUUCAUACGUAUGUGACCUUUAAGAUGACGGUUUCUAGUCCUAAGCAAAACAUGAUACAAUUUAUAUUUUUUUAAUGGUAUUUUAAUGACAUAUGAAGACUUGAUUUAUGUCACAGUUCAUAAUAUUUGUGUAUAAUUUGGCAUGCAGUUGCUUGUCAGUCUGCAGCAAAGUUAAGUAUAAAGUUGCACAUGUCAGAAAAGUCUUUCAAUAUUUUACCUCUCAUAAGAAAAUAAUGCCAUUGCAUGACAGGCCUAAAUAUAACGAAUCUUUGUCACAUCUGAUUUUAAUUUUAAAUUGCAUUGUUAAUAUUUUCUCAAAGCAAUACGCACUAUUUUAAUGACACUUUUGUCAUGUUGUCACCUUGUGAAUCUCUCGAGAGUAUACUUGUUGCUAUGUGAUUGUCUGUUGUGUGUGCUAGACAUAGGCCUACUGAUUUAAUAAUGUGCUGAAGCACUAUAUUUGAUAACUAAUGGAAUUUAAAUGGCCCCCAUGAUAUAUGAAUCUGUCUUAAGCAUCUGUGUUUUAAAGAAUUCAAAUCUUGUUGUUUAUAAUAUGCACUUAUAUUGCUCACUGUACAUAUUGUCAUAUUUCAUGCAUACUUUCAUAAGUAGGUUUUUAGUGAUCUAUCAGUGUAUAUAUGACACAAUUGUUCAUUGUUGUUAUUUUUUUACAUUUCAAGUGGUGUAAUCUCUCUGUUACAACAUUUAUACAUCACUCUUGCAUUUAUAUACAGUACCAGCUUUUUUAUUAUUUUUCUGCAUUUGGCACUUGGGAGUUUAUGCCCAUAAGUGAGAUACGACUUAUUCUGUUUAUUUUUCUAUUAUUCUGGUCAGAAGAUGUAAUGUAUGCUGUGUCUUUAGCUGUAAAUUAACUUUAUUAUCAAACAUAAAUCUACACAUAUUCAGCAAGCCCUCAUUUGUCAAUUCUUUUCCCUGACAGGUGAAAUACUGUCCUCAUAAUAGAAUUUUAUCCAGGAUGCCUAUCUUUGUUGUAAUAAUUCAUAAACCAUAAACAUUCUAGUUGUUGUGUUAAAUUUUAUUUACAGGCAUGGGGAAUUGUUCUUAAAUGUAAUAACUUGUAAGGAGCAGUAAUUUGUCCAUGGCUCACCAUACUUAAUUGUGAAAAAAGAACUGUAAUUUACUUCAUUUGUAAAACAAUGUCUGUAAAGCCAGUGUGUGUGAAGUUUGCUGAUAUACUGGCAUGGAUAAGUGAAUUCCUGUUAUUUGAUUAGUGUCUUCAAGGUUGUACAUCAUUUCCAUAUUGCCAUAGUUUGUUGCCAGUUAAUACAAUUAAUGCUUCUAAAGUUUUAUUAUUUGUACAGUACAGAAAAUUUGUGUAUGUAGUGAUAAAAUAUGAAACAUUGACUUUGUGAAAAAGUGCUUGGUACCACAAAGGCUGCAUGUCUUCAUGGUUGUUUCUUUCUCUGAUAGAUUCUGAGAAAUAUCCUUUCAGGGUGUGGGAAUGGGCGUUGGAAAAAUUUACACUUGAUACUCAUAGUAGUUCCCAUUUGUUUUGCUCUUAUACAUACUAUGACCAUCAACUUUUUACAGUGAGAAACACAACUAGAUAAAGAAAACACUUGUAUUUUAGUGAUGAGAAACAUGCAAAUGAUUCGUCCAUAUACCUAAGUUUUUAGGUAGCUACAAAAUUAUGACAGGGUUAAUAUCUUUUUUAUAUAUCUUUAUUUUUAUGUAAUGCUCACUUUAUAAUUGUAAUCGGUGUCACCAUCAUUGUCAAAACUGCCAUGGAAAUCAUCAAUGUUGCUAUUUUUUGUUGGCUUCAGGCUAAAUUCCACACUCCAUGUGUAAAUUAUAUCCUUCCCAACAAGGUAGUUUGAUCUCUCCUCUUUGUUGAUCUGAGCUAACUGUAACACUUUGUGAUCUCCGUACAGAAUAUCAUCAAAGACUGAAUCUACUUUAAUUACUAUUACAAUAACACUCUUGAUAGAUGUAUCACUCAUUUUUUUGUUUCCAUUUUUUCCACAUUAUGUGAACUUCUUACGCUGUAUUGGCUAGUUGUAAAACCUGUGUCACAAAACAUUAAAAAAUACAAGCAAGUGCUGCUCUCAAGCUAUGAGCGCAUGACCACAAAUUUCCAACAGUUCUUUGUCUCUGCAUACUAAAUUAAUUUGUAAUAACUAGUUUUCAUGUUCUUAACUGUAUCAUUGUCUGUAUUUUUGUAUAUGCCAUUCAAUCUUUGUUCAUUGGCCUUCCAUUUUCUUUAUUCACUGGCAUUCCAUUCAUCACCAGCCCUUCAGAGGUGUAUCAUAUUCCUUAAGAUGAGUUGUAGAUAUAGUAUGGUAUAAUAUUUCAGUAUGCUAGCAUUACUGCCUUUGGAUCACGGGGUCCCGGGUUUGAUUCCUGGCCAGGUUGGGGAUUUUCUCUGCCCGAGGACUGGAUGUUUGUGUUGUCCUCAUCAUUUCAUCAUCAUCAUCAUCGCCAUCAUCAUCAUCAUCAUCUUUCACAGUGGCUGGACUGGGACUGUGUGAAAAUUGGGACUUUGUACGGGCGCUGAUGACUGCGCAAUUGAGCACCUCACAAACCAAUCAUCAUCACAUCAGUAUUUCAGCAUAUGCUUGAUGUUGAUUUUGUUGGAUACUCCAUCAAAUAAUGCUACAGAAAUAUUUGGAUUUACCAGUGCAUGCAUCAUAAAUAAGUCUUUACUCCGUAACUCUUGCCUCUUGACCGGUGAGUUUGUAGUUCAUGACAUGAAAGUGGUGGUUACAAAUAUUAGCCUGAUUCUUGAAAAUGUACUCUUUCACUCAGCUGUAAGUCUAAAUAAUACUGGAAUGUAAACCCCCCCCCCCCCC